CUUUCUCUCUCCCCAGACAGAUUCAGAUGCAUCGUCUAUCCUUUCAAACAAAAACUUAACAUGACUGUUGCAACCAUCAUUAUCGCUGUCAUAUGGGUUCUUGCUAUCUCAAUAAUCUGUCCUUCUGCAAUUAUGCUACAGGUAAUCAAACUGCCUGACAACAUAAAGAUUAUCCAAAGUAGUGAGAAAAUGUAUCCUUGCUACCAAUGUUAUGAGGCCUGGCCAAAUCCAAAAAUGAGAAAGAUUUACACCACUGUGUUAUUUUCCAAGAUUUACUUGGCCCCUCUGUCACUCAUGGUUAUCAUGUAUGCAAGGAUAGGAAUUGCAUUGUUUAAAACCAGCAUACCCAUCGGCAAAGGCUCUCACCAAGAAAAUGGCAGUACGGUGUCUAAAAGAAAGCAACGGGUGAUCAAGAUGUUAGCCACAGUAGCCCUACUGUUCACCUUGUCAUGGCUCCCGCUGUGGACUCUGAUGAUGCUGUCCGACUACACAAAGCUGUCCCACAAUUGGUUGAGAAUAAUCAACUUGUACAUCUAUCCCUUUGCCCACUGGUUAGCCUUCUGCAAUAGUAGUGUCAACCCCAUAAUCUACGGUUAUUUCAACAAGAAUUUUCGACAAGGGUUUCAGGCAGCCUUCAAGUUUCAGUUAUGCUCUGCCAAAGUCAAGCACCGAGAGACCUACUCUCAUCGGAAAUCCAACAAGUUCACUUUAGCAGCGCAGAACAAAAUUGGGCAAGAUCCAGUAACAAUCAACUCAGAGGCUGGAGAUGAUUGUAGUACAAGUCGAGCAGACAAAAACACAUUCAGGCAGAGUGAAAACCUGGCCCUUCAAGUGUUGGACAAAGGAUUAAGUAACAGUGUCCAUAAAGUUUCACUCUAA